AUGGUGGCCUCGACUCCGCCUCCCGCCCGGCAGCGCCGCGCGCAAGAAGCUACGGGCCCGAACCCGAAGAAGCGCCGCCCUCAACCCGCCGCCGCUGACGCUGCCGCCAAGCCGCUGAACCGCAAGCGGUUCCUGCGGUUCCUCAAGUCGCACGAGCUCAAGUUCGGGCUGGCGCCCGUGGCGCGCGACGAGGCCACGGGCGAGGUGACGCUCGUGGUGUGCCGCUUCUGCCAGCACUUCGGGCGCGAGCAGCGGCCGGACAAGCAGCGGCGCAGCACCAAGAACGUGAAAUACUUCCGCAACUCGUUCCGCACGGACCAGUACCAGCAGCACCACGAGCUGUCGCACUGCGAGGCGUGGAAGCGCUACCAGGACUGCAGCGACGACGAGAAGCGCGCCUUCUUCCCGCUGCCCGAGGGCGCCACGCCCGAGAUGCCCGUGCAGCCCGUGGUGCCGCCGCAGAAGCUCAAGGUGGAGCUCGCGCCCGGAGAGGUCUGGGCGCUCGAGCCCACGCGCAAGGAGCGGCAGCGGUUCUUCGAGAUCGCGCCGGCCAUCGUGGAGCUCGUGGCCGUGAUGGCCAUCGGCGCGACGCAGCCCACGGUGCAGAACGUCAUUGAGAAACAGAGUCACCACCUGAUGGCCCAUGCGCACGAACCGACGUCCAAUGCCGUAGCCCGGUGGACCCCCCCGGAGGACACGUUCCAGUCGUGCACGCUGGUGGGUACGGUGGUGGACCCGUUGUACCGUGUGGUGGCGUUCUCUCGCGCGCAGAUUGACUGCUUGGUGGAGCUGGCGGCGGCGGGGCUGUCGUUUAGGCAGAUUUCCAGUACCAUGAGGUCGUUCCGAUCCCAUGCGCCGGUGUUGCUUCAGGAUGUGGUGAAAGGCCAAAGCGCGGGGAGUGAUACCGCGAAUAAACAGCCCCAAGGAGCCCAGAGUGUGAGCCCAGAGUACACUGAGGAGCAGACGGCCGAGUUUGUGCGGCUGAUUAUCGCGGCCAGUUUGAGUGUGACGGCAAGACUUCUGCGCGGGUGUUGGGCCUUCUCCUUGGUGUUGAAAGCGUCCAUGGAACACGCGCCGGUGCGAUCGUAUCUGGAGUUUCGAGUGAAGGUGUAUGGUGGAGGAGUGAUGCACAACGUGCAUCUGCUCUCGAUACCGUGCUACGAGGGCAAGUGCAAAAUGAUGAUGUAUAGUACACUGGAGCGAGUUCUGAGUGUCGUGCUGCCUAACUGGAGGCAGCGGCUUAUUGGUGUGGCGACUGAUGGUGAUGCUCAAAUGCCCGCGCGAGUGCUGGAUAUUGUGGCGCGUUUGCAACAAGAGGCUGCAAUUCCCGUCGUGUACCGCUCCUCGAGUGGGUGCCAUCAACUAGAUUGUAUCGUGACCAACUUUUAUUCAUCCCUGCAGGGCGGAUGUUUCCUGUUGGUUCUCAAGGAGCUAUCCGCUUAUAUUCGCCGGCAACCAGAGCUUCUCGCGAGAAUGACGCCUCCUCCUCCGACCCCCUCUAGCUCCGGCAGCUCGAAGGAUAGGUGGGUUGCGCUCGGAAAGGAGACGAACUGGAUUGCAGCUCAUCGCGAGUUGAUUUACCAGCACUUGGAGGUGGAGAAACCUCCGAGCGCGCCUGAUAGGACGUGGUGGCUGUUUUUCGCGACGGUCAACUGGGUAGCAACUCGAGCGAAUGAGACCUUCGCGAAGUUGCUGCGUAACCACGCCAUGAUCGCUGAUCAGAUUGAAGCCGUAGCCGCGCUCUCCAGAGAAUGUGCCGCUGCGUUUCACGCGCUUGGCCCACUGGAUGACCCGCUGCUAGCGAAUGUAGCCCAUGACAAGAUGUACAAGUCACGCAAGGGCCGCUUCGCACUGGGCAAACCGAGCAUGCUGGCCUUCAUCAAGGAGAUUGACGCUCUGUCACAUGAUAUCAUCAACACCACCGACGAUCCCAUGGUGGACCUCGCUGCGGAAAACCUGUCGAUUUGCGGAGUCAGCAUGAUUGAGGCCCUGCUGGAGCUCAGCAGUGCGCUCGGCAAUGAAGGUCACGGCCCAACGCGCGGGCCUAAUAACCCCAAGGUGUCUGAGUUCUUGCCACCAACACUACCCCACGAACUCGCGCAGCUCAGCGGCCGCGAGUUCACGUCGUUGCUCAAGACGUACGGCCCGAUGGUGCGCAACUUUUUGUCCGAGGAAGAUAUCGACAUCAUGGACCAGGAGCUGCAAGGUCUGCGUCGUGGGGCUGUGCGCGAGUCGGUGCUGAGCGCAGCUCUGGCCAACUGCAAUGCCGAGACGCCGUUCGAAGAAGCGUGGGCGCUGACAGAGCGGCGCUUCAAGCUGCUCGAGUGCUUCGCCGGCGGGUUUGCCAGUGUGUACUCGUGCGGCCCCAUCGCCACUCAGGGUGGCACCAGCGACCUGCCGCUGUGUCGAAGCGACAUGGACACAGCCCGCGUGCUGCUCGCGGACUUUGCGCUGGAGGGAUCAUUGCACGCCCAGCAGUUCCCAGCGCUGAUGGCUCUGAACGAGAAGCUGGACGAAGCAAGCCGAGUCCACAGAGAGGUGACGAACACCAAAGUGACCGUCGUGUGA